AUGGGAGAAGAGCUGCCGCCUGAUGACAUCAAAGGCCAGAUGGUGCAGGAUUAUUACGACAACUUCCUGAGCCAUGAUUGGAAGACCUCCGGAUUGUUGAAAUACUUGUCCCUUCUCAUCCUCUUCAAUGCGAAGGCCGCCGCGAUUGCUUCGAUCCUGAUUUCUGUGUUGGUGGGCGUGCUUCGCAUGACGGCUGUCCUUCCCAACCUUGUGUGGACGGAGCUUCCAUGCUACGCAUUCUUCUACUUCGUGCUGGUGUUCUGGCAGGAGCUUUUGGCAUGGGUGCGUUUGCCGCGCAUGGUCUUUCUGGACAAGCUGUGCAUCCCACAAGAUGACGAGGAGAAGAAGGCUCAAUGCAUUCGUGGCCUUGCUUGCUAUCUCGAUUGUGCGCAGACCCUGACGGUGUUGUGGUCGGAUCGCUAUUUCAGCAGGCUGUGGUGCGUUUUCGAAAUAGCUACGUUUCUUCGACACCAGAGCAAGCCGUCCAUCCAGUUUCUUCCUGUGGAGCUGUCUCUGCUCGUCUUUCUGGGCGCGCUCGCUUACGCCGUUACUCAUUUGAUCCAUGAACUCCUCGCGGAUUUGAAUUUCCAAAGCCAAAACGAUGAAGUGGGAGAUGAAGGGCUGCGGCGGCUUGCCGGGCUUUCGGGCUUGAUGAUGACGCUCUUCUAUAUCACCGUUACCGGCUACAAUUUUCUUGGCCUGCGGCUCAUGAACAAGUUUCGUCUCCUUCCUAAGCAGCUUCAUAGGUUCGACGCUCGAAAAGCCGAGUGCUUCUGCUGCUCAGUAGGACACCUGGAGCCUCGCACCGGGGCUCCAAUCCCAUGUGACAGAAAGCUGAUCAUGGCAAAGAUUGAGCGGUGGUAUGCUGUUUCCAGAGACGCAGAUGCAACGGACGUGGAUCCCGACGACUGUAUAACAGAAUUCAACAACCUGGUGCGUAAGGAGCUUGCUGACACGUUCCUUGCCACGACGGCUUCUGGCAACGCAAUGUUCUGGAAGUAUAUCUACCUCAUAGCUGGUAUGAACAUGCCGAUUACAGCCUGGGCAUUGGGCAACAUGUCCGCCGAAUUGCUGCCCAGUCCUCUCGAAGGAAGUGCACUCCUGGCCUGGUGGGCCAGAUGGGUAAUCAGACUUUUCCACAACAUGCUGCAGAUCGUGGGGUGUGUGGAGAUUCUCAUGAUAGCAUGGGCUGCGGGUGCCGUUUGGCUUCGGGAUCGAAAUCUUGCCGUGGCCUCUCUAAUACUCUCUACACCGAUUACGAUCAUCUCCUUUGGCAUAUUCUUCAUACCAUUCCGGGUUUGCUUGCUUUUGACAGCCGAUGACAGCUUGGUGAUAUUGGCACCAGUACUGCUGGAGUUGUUCUUCGUUGUGGCUUGCAGCCGUGCCCGCGGACUCCUCAGCACGUCGCUAUCUCAGACGGCGGCGGAAAGUAUGAAGCAGCUCAGCAUCCGCAGUGUCGACAGCGUCCACUCCGAGAACUUGAAACAGAAAAGCACUGAAGACGAGACACAGUCCAUCGGCGACUUCUUCAGCAUCUGA